AUGGGUAAUAAUAGGCACACACAUGGCAGUAGGUUCCGCGGGCGGUAUGUGGACAGACUAAGGCUCCUGGACGAAUCUGUUAAAAACAACGAGCACAUAAUCAAGUUAACAGAUAACGCCCAAAAGAAAAUCAAACAACUGGUAGCAGAAACGGAAAGGGACAGCCUAAUACUAAAGCUGUCUGUAAAAAAUGGAGGCUGCAAAGGGUUGCAGUACUCAUUGAAUCCCAUCAGGAAGGACGAAAUCGAGGCAGAUGACUAUGUGCAGCAGUUUGAAGAAUUAAAGUUCAUUUUGUCCAUUGAUGCAACUAGCGUUAUUUAUAUUUACAAUAAUAUAUUGGAUUACAGCUACGAUUUAAUCAAUGGUGGAUUCAAGUACGUUUCCGUUAUAGUAUGA